GUCGUCAGUCCCGAGGUCGUUGGUGGCAUCGCUGCCCUUCUUCGUCUUCUCAAGGUUCAAGAGAGAGAGAAGACUAGUCUUCUUACUCUGGUCAGUCAGUGAUUGAGAAAGAAAAAGGGAUCAUGUCGGCCGUCGAGGCUUAUGUCGACCAUACUGUCCAGGUCAUUCUAUAUGAUGGACGUGUCAUCGUUGGCAAAUUAAGAGGUUACGACCCACGUACCAAUCUCAUUCUUUCCGAUUGUGUCGAACGUGAAUAUUCUUUAGAAGGCGUGGAGAUGGUACCAUUAGGUUUAUAUAUGAUCAAAGGAGAUAACGUAGCUAUCAUAGGAGAGAUGGACGAAGAUAAAGAUGGUUCGAUAGAUUAUACGGAAAUCAAAGCUGAGCCAUUGGGGGAGAUAAGAUUAUAAUGGAAUGAUCCUACUUCCAACCUUCUUUCUCCCCUCUAUUUUCAUCUCUAUCAUUCCUCCAAUCCAAUGAUCUGAUAUCUUUGCAUCUUUCACAUGAUGUCUCUUUCUUUCAUCUGGCAUAACUUCCCCCCUUCAUACCUUCAGAUCCACUCUGAUCGUCAAUGUCCCUCUUGACCCAAUCUCAUCCUCAAUAGCUCGACUACACACAGAACAAUUCCGUCGAUUCGCCUCCCCUCAUUCUGCCCAUCGACAUCGGACCCCAUACAAAACUCUUGGCCAAAAAAAGACGCUCGCACUUUUGAGAGAUCAAAAAUGUUCAAGGGUCAUCUCACGGACAUGCAUCCACUUUUUAAAG